ACAUCCUGAGCUUGAUACAAGCCACCAUCCCAGGCAACCAGGUAAGCCUCCAGACCCGGGAGCACCAAGUUUAAGUAAAAGCAGAACGGUAGAUGUGCUGAAGACAGAACAGCGGGCACCUGGACGGAGUCCUUCUUCUAUAAGUCUAAGGGAAUCAAAAUCCAGGACUGAUUUUAAAGAAGAUCAGAAGCCAAGUAUGAUGCCCAGUUUUCUGUCAGAAGCCAAUCCAUUGAGUGCAGUCACUUCAGUUGUGAACAAAUUCAAUCCUUUUGAUUUGAUAUCAGAUUCAGACACAGCCCAUGAAGAAGCCGGUAGAAAACAAAAAGUUACCCAGAAAGAGCAAGGGAAACCUGAGGAGCAGCGGGGCCUUGCAAAACAUCCAGCUCAACAACAGUCUCCAAAGCCAACUCUUCAACAACAAGGGCCUGCCAGACCUACGCCCCAGCAAACGGAGUCUUCCAAACCAGUGCCUCAGCAGCAGCAGUCUGGGGAGCCAAAGCAAGUUCAGAAACCAGGCCCUGGUCACCCAGCAGACCCUAAGCUAGAGCAAGCGAAACAACCACCCCAGCAGCGAGGACCACAAAAAUCUCAGCCCCAACAGUCAGAACCAACAAAGCCUGUUCAACAGCAAACUUCAACAGCAAAACCUUCAUCAGGCCCAACAAAACCACCGCCACAGCAACCAGACAAUGCUAAAACAUCAUCCCAAGCACCACCUCCCACAAAACCGUCAUCGCAGCAGCCAGGACCUGAGAAACAACCAUCUCAGCAGCCGUCACGGCAAGGAGGUCCUGUAAAGCCAUCUUCCCAGCAAGCAGGGCCUCCAAAACAGCCUUCUCAGCAACCUGGACCUGAAAAGCCAUCUGCUCAGCAAACGGGACAACCAUCGCAGCCUGGACCUGGGAAGCCACCUCCGCAGCAAACAGGGCUUGUAAAACAAGUGCCACCACAGGCAGGGCCUACAAAACCAUCUUCGCAGACUGCAGGGGCCGCGAAGCCCCCAGCACAACAACCAGGACUUACAAAACCACCAGGCCAGCAACCCGGGCCUGAAAAACCCCCGCAGCAAAAGCAAGCCGGUGCCUCCCAGCCCGCUGAGUCCGCCCCAAAGAAAACCUUCUGUCCUCUUUGCACAACCACCGAACUGCUGCUGCACGCUCCGGAAAAGGCCAAUUACAACACCUGCACACAGUGUCACACCGUCGUCUGCAGCCUCUGUGGAUUUAAUCCUAAUCCUCAUAUAACAGAGAUUAAGGAAUGGCUCUGUUUAAACUGCCAGAUGCAAAGAGCGUUAGGUGGUGACCUAGCACCAGGUCAUGGUCCCGGGCCACAACCAACUCCACCCAAACUGAAGACACCUAUUCCACCCUCAACAGCUAAACCAUCUCCUCAACCACAGCCAGUUCAAAAGAAAGAUGCUUCUCCAAAACCUGAUCCUUCGCAGCUAGCGGAAUCGAAAAAAACCCUGCCACAGAAAAAGCAACCGUCCUUGCCUGGCUCUCCCCCUGUAAAAUCAAAACAAGCCCUUGCUGAGUCUACUGAUGUCUCACAGCAAAUAGAUCCUACUCCAAAGUCUGAUCAGGCCAAGCCAACACCGGCUGAAGAUAAGCAAAAACAACCCAGUACACAGAAGCCUAUGACAGACACUGUGCCUACCUCUGCAGCACCAGGGUUGAAACCGGAUUCGGCAGCUCCCAGAUCUCCACCAACUCAACAGAAAGUGACAGAUUCCCCAAAGCCAGAGCUUGCCAAGCCAUUACGGGACACACAUCCAGCUGGGGAUAAACUAGAUUCCAAACCUCUUCCACAAGUGUCUCGGCAGAAGUCAGAUCCCAAGCUUGCAUCUCAGCCUGGGGCUAGACCAGAUGCUAAAACUCAAAAGCCCAUCGAGCCAACACAAACAAAAGAUGAUCCUAAGAAGCUGCAAACAAAACCGGCCCCAAAGCCUGAUACCAAACCAGCUCCAAAGGGCCCACAAGCAGGGGCAGGUCCCAAGCCAGCGCCAGCUCAACCCCAGCCACCUCAGAAAACUCCUGAGCAAUCAAGGCGUUUCAGUCUUAAUCUGGGAGGCAUCACUGAUGUCCCUAAGCCUCAGCCUACAACACCACAAGAAACAGUUACUGGGAAACUCUUUGGAUUUGGCGCUUCAAUCUUCAGCCAGGCCUCGAAUUUAAUUUCCACAGCAGGUCAGCCGGCAUCUCAGACAUCAGCCCCUCCUCCGCCUGGUCCUGCAGUGAAGCAGCCCCAGCCUCCAUCACAGCCUCCAGCCUCUCAGGCAGCCCCCAGAGAGUCUAGUCAGGCUCAGCCUCUUCCAAAAGCUGUUCCUGUAAAGAAAGAAGCCAAGCCUCUUAUGACUGAAAAACCAGAGCCAUCCAAAGCGGAUAGUGUUUUAACGACUAAAGGUUCUGAUUUAGAAAAGAAACCUGGUUUGGCUAAAGAUAGCAAGCCUCAGGCUGCUGAAGCAAAGAAACCUGCUGGGCUGUCGGAACCAGAGAAAGCCAGCCAGCCUAAAGUGUCUUGUCCUCUUUGUAAAACUGGACUAAAUAUUGGUUCUAAGGAUCCCCCCAACUUUAAUACAUGUACAGAGUGCAAGGAAGUUGUGUGCAAUCUCUGUGGAUUUAACCCAGUGCCACACAUAGCUGAGUCAGAACUGGACAUUGGAUUAAAGUUCCAGUACUGUCUCUGA